GAAGCGGGACUCCGGUCACUACUUCCGGCGUGUACAGAGCCUCUGGCGUUCGGUGUGCAGGUGGCCGCAUGGAUCCCGGCAGCCGGUGGCGGAACCUGCCCAACGGGCCUACCCUAAAGCACUUGACCGACCCCUCUUAUGGAAUCCCGCGGGAACAGCAAAAGGCAGCGUUGCAGGAGCUGACGCGAGCGCAUGUGGAGUCCUUCAACUACGCCGUGCAUGAAGGUCUCGGCCUCGCGGUGCAGGCUAUACCUCCCUUUGAAUUUGCUUUCAAAGAUGAGCGUAUCUCUUUUACUAUUCUGGAUGCUGUUAUCAGUCCACCUACAGUUCCAAAAGGGACCAUCUGUAAAGAGGUCAGCGUUUAUCCAGCAGAAUGCCGGGGUCGAAGGAGUACCUACCGUGGGAGGUUGACAGCCGAUAUCAACUGGGCAGUGAAUGGAAUCUCAAAAGGAAUCAUUAAGCAGUUUCUUGGCUAUGUUCCCAUCAUGGUGAAAUCCAAGCUUUGCAACUUACACAGCCUUCCCCCACAAGCCCUCAUUGAGCACCAUGAGGAGGCAGAGGAAAUGGGGGGCUAUUUUAUAAUCAAUGGCAUUGAAAAAGUCAUCCGAAUGUUGAUUAUGCCUCGGAGAAAUUUUCCCAUUGCAAUGAUAAGACCAAAAUGGAAAACCAGAGGGCCUGGUUAUACUCAGUAUGGAGUUUCAAUGCACUGUGUGAGGGAAGAACAUUCCGCUGUCAAUAUGAACCUCCACUACUUGGAAAAUGGCACUGUUAUGUUGAACUUUAUUUACCGGAAAGAACUGUUUUUUCUUCCUUUGGGAUUUGCACUUAAGGCACUUGUCAGCUUUUCUGAUUAUCAGAUAUUUCAGGAGCUCAUCAAAGGAAAAGAGGAUGAUUCUUUCCUUAGGAACUCUGUUUCUCAGAUGUUAAGGAUUGUAAUGGAGGCAGGUUGUUCGACACAAAAACAGGUCCUUAACUACCUAGGUGAAUGCUUCAGAGUAAAACUCAAUGUUCCUGACUGGUACCCAAAUGAGCAAGCUGCGGAGUUCCUGUUUAACCAGUGCAUCUGUAUCCACUUGAAAUCCAAUACUGAAAAGUUUUAUAUGCUUUGUCUCAUGACACGAAAGCUCUUUGCUUUAGCCAAAGGAGAGUGCAUGGAGGACAAUCCCGAUAGUUUAGUGAACCAAGAAGUCCUUACACCGGGUCAGCUCUUCCUUAUGUUUCUGAAGGAAAAACUGGAAGGUUGGUUAGUGUCUAUUAAAAUAGCUUUUGAUAAGAAGGCUCAGAAGACCAAUGUUUCCAUGAACACUGACAAUUUGAUGAGGAUUUUUACUAUGGGAAUAGACCUUACAAAACCAUUUGAAUACCUUUUUGCUACUGGGAAUCUGCGUUCUAAAACAGGUCUUGGCCUCCUCCAAAAUUCUGGACUUUGCGUUGUGGCUGACAAGCUGAACUUCAUACGCUACCUCUCCCAUUUCCGCUGCGUGCACAGAGGGGCUGAUUUUGCCAAGAUGAGGACCACCACAGUACGCAGGCUGCUGCCAGAGUCCUGGGGCUUCCUUUGUCCCGUGCAUACCCCAGAUGGGGAGCCCUGUGGCCUGAUGAACCACCUAACUGCUGUAUGUGAGGUUGUCACACAGUUUGUGUAUACGGCAUCUAUUCCAGCUUUGCUCUGCAACUUGGGGGUCACUCCCGUUGAUGGAGCUCCCCACCGGCCAUACAGUGAGUGCUACCUCGUCCUGCUCGACGGUGUCAUGGUUGGCUGGGUGGAUAAGGAGCUUGCUCCAGGCGUCGCAGAUUCUCUUCGUCAUUUUAAGGUGUUGAGAGAGAAAAGAAUUCCUCCCUGGAUGGAAGUGGUUCUUAUACCCAUGACAGGAAAACCAAGUCUGUACCCAGGAUUGUUCCUUUUUACUACUCCUUGUAGACUGGUACGGCCUGUGCAGAACUUGGAAUUGGGCAAAGAAGAGCUAAUUGGAACUAUGGAACAGAUCUUCAUGAAUGUCGCUAUCUUUGAGGAUGAGGUUUUUGCUGGAGUUACCACACACCAGGAACUUUUUCCACACAGCCUGCCGAGUGUGAUUGCCAACUUCAUCCCUUUCUCUGAUCACAACCAGAGUCCACGGAACAUGUACCAGUGCCAGAUGGGUAAGCAAACUAUGGGCUUUCCACUUCUCACUUAUCAAGACCGAUCAGAUAACAAACUGUAUCGUCUUCAGACUCCUCAGAGUCCCUUGGUGAGACCCUCCAUGUAUGAUUAUUAUGACAUGGAUAACUAUCCAAUUGGGACCAAUGCCAUCGUUGCCGUGAUUUCUUACACUGGCUAUGAUAUGGAAGAUGCCAUGAUUGUGAAUAAGGCCUCUUGGGAACGAGGCUUUGCCCAUGGAAGUGUCUACAAGUCUGAGUUCAUAGAUCUCUCUGAAAAAAUUAAACAAGGAGAUAGUAGCCUAGUGUUUGGAAUCAAACCUGGUGACCCACGGGUUUUGCAGAAAUUAGAUGACGAUGGAUUGCCGUUUAUAGGAGCAAAACUGCAGUAUGGAGAUCCGUAUUACAGCUACCUAAACCUCAACACUGGGGAAAGUUUUGUGAUGUACUAUAAGAGUAAAGAAAAUUGUGUUGUGGAUAACAUCAAAGUGUGCAGUAAUGACACUGGGAGUGGAAAAUUCAAGUGUGUUUGCAUCACUAUGAGAGUGCCUCGGAACCCAACUAUCGGAGAUAAAUUUGCCAGUCGUCAUGGGCAGAAGGGCAUUUUGAGCAGAUUGUGGCCGGCUGAGGACAUGCCUUUUACUGAGAGUGGGAUGGUCCCAGACAUUCUGUUCAAUCCCCACUGUUUUCCAUCCCGCAUGACCAUCGGGAUGUUAAUUGAGAGUAUGGCCGGGAAGUCUGCAGCUUUGCAUGGUCUCUGCCAUGAUGCUACGCCCUUCAUCUUCUCAGAGGAGAACUCGGCCUUAGAAUACUUUGGUGAGAUGUUAAAGGCUGCUGGCUACAAAUUCUAUGGCACCGAGAGGUUAUAUAGUGGCAUCAGUGGGCUAGAACUGGAAGCAGACAUCUUCAUAGGAGUGGUUUAUUAUCAGUGCUUACGUCAUAUGGUCUCAGACAAAUUUCAAGUAAGGACAACUGGAGCCCGAGACAGAGUCACCAACCAGCCUAUUGGGGGAAGAAAUGUCCAGGGUGGAAUCCGUUUUGGGGAGAUGGAACGGGAUGCGCUUUUAGCUCACGGUACAUCUUUUCUCCUUCAUGACCGCCUCUUCAACUGCUCGGAUCGGUCAGUAGCCCAUGUGUGUGUGAAGUGUGGCAGUUUACUCUCUCCACUAUUGGAGAAGCCACCCCCUUCUUGGUCUGCCAUGCGCAACAGAAAAUAAAACUGUACUCUGUGUAAUCGCAGUGACACUAUUGAUACUGUUUCUGUGCCUUAUGUUUUUCGGUAUUUUGUAGCUGAAUUGGCAGCUAUGAACAUCAAAGUGAAACUGGAUGUUGUUUAACUUGAUGUUGACCUUUUGGAUUAGGAGGCCUAUCAGAUUAAAGCAAAAUGUAAUUUUAGUUCAAUAAAGAUAUUAUUACCAGGUUACUCUUGAGAUUUUUCAAGGAUGUUAGAACUCUCAACCAAAAUCUGAAAACCAAGAAUGCAAGGUUUGAAUCUCGCUGGUAGAUUAACUGUUGACAAUGAUUUUCUGUAUAUUUGUUCAAAAAUCUCAUGUCUUCUCAAAAUAUGAAAUAUUGAUAAAAUGGAAGAACAUACAGUGAUAAGUCUCCUUUCCAACCCCAGCUUCCCUACACCCUGCUUUCAGCAGGCAGUGACUGUCACACACCUGUUAAUACAUCUUGAGCAGGACAGAACUAUACAAAUAGAAUGCAAGCUGUAAUAUAAUGUAAUUUUAUAUUUUCUUAUAGCCACAUUGAAGUAAAAACAAACAGUUACAGUGUUUUUUUACCAGCUUUAUAGAAGUACAGUUGUUACAUAUGUAAUGAAUACAAUUUGAUGGGUUAGACUAUAUGUACACACCUUUGAUACCAUCACCACAAUCAGGGUAAUAAACAUAUCUGUCAUCUCCACAAGUUUCCUCCUGCCCCUUUGUUUUUUGCUUUUUGGUUGCUGUUGAGUUUUUGUUUUGUUUUCUGUGGUAAGAACACGUAACUCAAGACCUACCCUCUUAACAAAUCUUUUAGUGUACGAUAUAGUAUUGUUAAUUAUAGGCACCAUGUUGUACAACAGAUCUUUAGACCUUACUUGUCUUGCAUAACUGAAGCUUUAUACCUGUUGAACAACUCUCCAUUUCCCUGGCCCCUAGCAACCACUCUUCUACCCUGUUUCUAUGAGUUUGACUAUGAUAGAUAUCUCAUAUAGUGGUAUCAUGCAAUAUUUGUCCUGUGACUGGCUUAUUUCACUUAGGAUAGUGAAAUAAGAUUCAUCCAUUUUGGAAGCCAGGCAUGGUGCUGUGCAUCUGUAGUCCCUGCUAUUUGAGCGGCUGAGGUGGGAGGAUCAUUUAAGUGCAGGAGUUCAAGGCCAGCCUGGGUAAUAUAGGAAGACCCUGUCUUAAAGACCCUGACCUCAAGUGAUCCACCCACCUCGGCCUCCCAAAAUGCUGGGAUUACAGGUGUGAGCCACUGCGCCUGGCCUCCAGUGAGUAUUUUAUAUUUAGUCUACACUUCUAUACUUGGCUUUUUUUCUGCAUUUAUAUUGACCUGCUUUCAUAGCAGUGUGUAGAGUGCCGCUUAUGUUUUCUUUCCUGUGUACAGUAUUUUAUUGUACGGAUAUACCAUCCCCUGUGUAUUUGAGUUGUUCCAUUCUUUGGCCAUUAUAACUUUUUUCUGCAAAUACUCUACCUACUUAUCUUUGGCCAUUAUAAACUGUUGAUAAUAGAUCAUCUUGUAUAUACUUGCAAUUAUAGGAUGUUUUUUGAUGAA